AUGUCUCUGGAAUGUUCUGAAAGCUUGCGAUCUAUUGUUCUAUCAGAACAAAGAGAGUUACUUGCUAAAAAUAUCUUUGAUGAUAAUGACAUAUUACCAAAGGCCUCAAAGGAGUCGAAUUGCUCAGCUUAUAAGGCAGGUGACGUGUCAGGUCCAUUAUACCCCGAUCUCUGCGGCCCAAAAAACAGUAUUCAUCUUGGAAAUUGCCUCAGUACAGCGCCUGAUAAGAAGAUUUAUAACGGUGAAUGGCAGGGAAAGGAGGUUAUCUUGAAAAUUUACAUGAGCUGGUUUGAAGAGUUUGAGAAGAGGCAGAAAAUAACCGACCUUGCAGCUGUAUCAUCAUUUCAAGAAGAUGUCUCCUCCAGAGUGAAGACUUUGUUUGGCGACUGCUCUCAUUGCAACAAACUCGUAUUUCGUUUGCUGUCACUUGGUGACGGGGACGGUGAUGAGACAAUUUCAGCGUCCGAAGCAAGAACAUUUAUCUCCUUACUGCAACUUGUAGAACCCAUGAUGUUAAUGGUCCUUAAUGAAAGUAAACACACAGUAGAUUUCUUUGGGUAUUGUGGUGGAUUAUACGUUGUGGAGAAAGUGUCUUUUGUUGCUUCUGACGUGUUUGGGAACACUUGGGAGUUAAUAGAACUUUCAUUGUUGCCUGAUGUAUUUGAACCGCUGCAAAAAUUACUCAAUGACCACGGCAACAGAGCUAUGAAUCUUGUUGGCUCUUCUUUGUUAAAAAUGGCUCGCAACCUUGGUUAUGCGCGUACUGUUGCAAAGUGCCCUGUCAUAGGUGCGUCUUUUCAAGUGUAUAUCAACAACAGACGCAAAAAAUUUGACUUUGCUUAUUCGCUGUUGGACGCAACUUUAGACACAUCUAGCACUCCGUACGGCUUGGCGCAGUCAUGUGAUGUACACUUGGGAAAUUAUGGAAUUACAACUACUUCGACGGUGAAACUCAUUGAUCUUGAUCUGAUGUACCCUCACGUUUUUCUGCGAACACUCCUGGAACAGAAAAAAAUGCGUUUCUGA